AUGAGGCCUUAUUACUUCUUCUUACUACUAAUCAUUGUCGCUAUCUUGACUCGUGAUGUAUUCGCUGAGGAUGAGCCUGAUGAGGAUGAGCCUGAUGAAGAUGAAGACGGUGACACUGGCAAGAAUCGUAAUGAGGGCGCUUCCAGAAACGAGAAAGCCUCUCAUCAUAAAACGCCAAGCAUUACUACCAUUUAUAUCACACCUACUCCACAUGAAGCUCCUACCAAAAAAAAUGAGUACGAUAAACCAGUAGCUGACUCUACUACAGACGCAGCAGGUACAUCGCCUACAAGCGGUAGUACUACAAAAUCGUCAGGUACGCUAGAGACAAUUGUUCCUUCUCCAGGCUUGACAGGUGCUUCUGGUUCUGCCUCAUCUGCGUCGUCUCCCAGUUUUGGUUCAAUCAGUCCUUCUACCUCACAUCCUCCUUACUCUGCUGCUGCUUCAGCCUCUUACGCUUCUUACUCUUCUGCUGCAACCUAUGCUUCAUCAAUAGCAGCUGCACCUUCAUCUCUAGCCUCUUCCAAGCCACCUAUGCCUUCACCGUCUGUUGCCCGGCCUUACGCAGGACCAAGUGUUAUAGGCAGUUCUAAUCGUUUGGAAAUUUCUGUUGGUAUGGUCACAGCAGUAAUUGGUCUUUCAGCACUGCUUUUUCAGCUUAUUUAA